GCCGAGGCCGGUCCUGGCUUUGUAGCUCGCUGAAGAUGGCGGCUCAGUCACCCAGCGGGAUCCGCCUCAGCGCGCUUUGUCCGAAGUUUUUACAUACAAACUCAACAAGUCAUACUUGGCCCUUCAGUGCAGUUGCUGAGUUAAUAGAUAAUGCUUACGAUCCUGAUGUGAAUGCUAAACAGAUAUGGAUUGACAAAACUGUGAUAAAUAACCGUAUAUGCUUGACAUUCACUGAUAACGGGAAUGGUAUGACACCAGAUAAGUUGCAUAAAAUGCUGAGCUUUGGCUUCAGUGACAAAGUUACCAUGAAUGGUCAUGUCCCAGUUGGAUUGUAUGGGAAUGGCUUCAAGUCGGGUUCUAUGCGUUUGGGUAAAGAUGCAAUCGUUUUUACCAAAAAUGGAGAAAGUAUGAGCGUGGGCUUCUUAUCUCAGACCUACCUGGAAGUCAUAAAAGCAGAACAUGUUGUUGUUCCAAUUGUGGCAUUCAACAAGCACCAGCAGAUGAUUAAUUUAGCAGAAUCAAAAGCAAGCCUUGCUGCAAUUCUGGAACAUUCUCUGUUUUCUACAGAGCAGAAAUUACUGGCAGAACUUGAUGCUAUUAUGGGUAAGAAGGGGACAAGGAUCAUCAUUUGGAAUCUUAGAAGCUACAAAAAUGCAACAGAAUUUGACUUUGAAAAGGAUAAAUAUGAUAUCAGAAUCCCUGAGGAUUUAGAUGAGAUAGCAGGAAAAAAAGGAUACAAGAAGCAAGAGAGGAUGGACCAAAUUGCCCCUGAGAGUGACUAUUCCUUGAGGGCUUACUGCAGUAUAUUAUAUCUAAAGCCAAGAAUGCAGAUCAUCUUACGUGGACAGAAAGUGAAGACACAGCUAGUUUCCAAGAGUCUUGCCUACAUCGAACGUGAUGUUUAUCGACCUAAAUUUUUAACUAGAACAGUUCGAAUUACUUUUGGAUUCAACUGCAGAAACAAAGACCACUAUGGGAUAAUGAUGUAUCACCGAAAUAGACUCAUCAAAGCAUAUGAAAAAGUUGGAUGUCAGUUGCGGGCAAACAACAUGGGUGUUGGAGUAGUUGGAAUUAUAGAGUGCAAUUUCCUCAAGCCAACUCACAAUAAGCAAGAUUUUGACUAUACUAAUGAGUACAGGCUUACAAUAACAGCAUUAGGAGAAAAGCUCAAUGAUUACUGGAAUGAAAUGAAAGUGAAGAAAAAUGCAGAAUAUCCUCUAAGCUUGCCAGUUGAAGAUAUACAGAAGCGUCCUGAUCAGACAUGGGUUCAAUGUGAUGCUUGUCUAAAGUGGCGAAAAUUACCAGAUGGGAUAGAUCAACUUCCUGAAAAAUGGUAUUGCUCCAAUAACCCUGACCCACAGUUCAGAAAUUGUGAAGUUCCAGAAGAACCUGAAGAUGAGGAUUUGGUACAUCCCACUUAUGAAAAAACUUACAAAAAGAGCAACAAGGACAGAUUCAGAAUCAGACAACCAGAACUGAUUCCUCGGAUCAAUGCUGACCUGCUGUUUCGGACACCCCCUGUUUCCAGCCCAAGCUUUCCUUCUGUGAAGGAGAGUGUGCCAAGAGGACAUCUUUCCGAAGUAGCAAGUCCCUACACAACAAGACUCAUGAGCAACCAGCGAAUUUCACCCCAGGCUGAACCUGAGUCCAACCUGAAACGGCGAUUUUCUCCUCGUUCACCAAUUUUGAAUUCAAAGAAUCGGAGACUGAAUAACCAAACGUUUGAAAAUUCAGCUUUCAAAGUUGAUGAUGAUGAAGAUGUCAUCAUCUUAGAAGAAAACAGUACUCCCAAACCUGCAGUAGAUCAUGACAUUGAAGUUAAGCCAGAACAGAGUCACACUGAACAAAGUGCACUUCAGCUUGUGGGCUGUACUGAACUUUGUGGGCAGACAAGUUCAACAAAUAAGUGUGAUCAGGGUACUGCUGCAGCCACCCAGACUGAAGCACCGACUUUAGUUGUCAAAAAGGAAGAGGCUAUUGAAGAUGAGAUAGGGGCAGGAAAUGAUCUAGCAAUACUGCCCACCUGUGUAGAUGCUGAAGCAAAGAUACAGGAGGCCCAGGAAACCAUCAGUAAGUCUGCAGAUGACGUUGGCUGCCAGUUGCAAGAACUGAGAAAUGAGCUACACUUAGUUACCCAGGAAAAAGAUAAUUAUAAGAGACAGUGUCAUAUGUUUACUGACCAAAUCAAGGUGUUACAACAGAGGAUACUGGAAAUGAAUGACAAAUAUGUAAAGAAGGAAACUUGCCAUCAGUCUACUGAAACUGACAGUGUCUUUUUACUUGACAGUAUUAAUGGCAAAUCUGAAAGUCCAGACCCUAUAGUAUCUCAGUAUCAGCAAGCUUUGGAGGAAAUAGAAAGGCUAAAAACCCAGUGUAGUGCUUUGCAACAAAUAAAGGCUGAAUGCAGUCACUGUUCUAACAGUGAGAGUAAAAGUGAGAUGGAUGAAAUGGCUGUGCAACUCGAUGAUGUAUUUAGACAGCUGGACAAGUGCACUAUCGAGAGGGACCAGUAUAAAAGCGAGGUUGAAUUACUAACAUUGGAGAAAUCACAGAUUGGUUCUCAGUGUGAAGAACUGAAAAGUGAAAUUGAACAGUUGAAGUCUACAAGUCAGCAAAUAGGAGCAGAGGUUUCCACUUCCGGGAUGGAGGAAGCUGUGAAUUACACAGACAGGGAAAGCCUCAAGCUUCGAUCUCUGCGAGUUAACGUGGGACAGCUUCUUGCCAUGAUUGUGCCUGAUCUUGAUCUGCAGCAGGUGAACUAUGAUGUUGAUGUUGUCGACGAGAUUUUGGGACAAGUUGUGGAGCAAAUGAGUGAAAUCAGUAGUACUUAAGAGGAUGAUUUGUGUGAUCAAAAUAUUUGCUCAGUUCUUUCAAUUGUACAUGUUUCAAAAUGUAAACAAUCUUGUUUUACAGGUAUGUUAGGUAACAGUUUUGUUUUACAGACAUGUUAGGCUGUUGCUUGUUUUACAGGCUGAAGAAUCAUAUUUUUACCAAAUUCUAUGCAUUUAAAUGUGGUCACAAGUACUGUGGACACAUUAUAAUAAUUUUAAAAACCUGUGAAUCGUUGGUAUUGAGCAGCUGACUAGCUAACUUAUUGUGUUUUGAAUGUAAAUAUUUGUAAUUAAGCCCAUACAUAUUUUUUUAUUGCCCUUGAAACUUAGGUGUUUUUCACCAAGAGCUUUUCAGGUUGCUCCUAAGGUUUGUGCAAUUUUUCUGGUUCUCUAAAGUGUAUUUUUCUUGAAGUUGGGGUUGUGCCAUAAUACAGAUGGAUAUGUUCUAAGAGUUAUAAGUAAGGUUUUAAGAUACCAGUCUCAAUAAGUGUCUGAGGGAAAUGAGCAUUAGUUUCUUUGUUUUUGUUUUGUUUUGAUGGUACUGGGGUCUGAACUCAGGCCUCACACCGGGCAGAUG